AUGUCGGCCCCAUCUGACGAUCUGACGAAACUGCUUGCCUUGCGCGACUCUCUCAAUGCCUCGAUUGAGGCGCUUGCUUCGCUCACAGCAGAGGAGAAAGCCCAGACACUUAGAGCCAAUCAAAUGCGCCAGCAAAUAUGGUCCGCCGCCACUCAAAUUGCCAGCGAGACUGUCAAUCCCUCCCAAGAAACGACUCGUAUUGCAUUCAUGCCAUGGCUGAAUGCCGUCGUGCGGACUGCCUUGGAACUGGAUCUGUUCAACCUUCUUGGAGAAUCCACGACCGCGUUCGAGCUUGCGCAGAAGACCGGGGCGGAUGUGACCUUGAUAGUGCGCCUCAUGCGGGUCUUGACGGGCUUCCACAUUGUCUCUGAACUUGGGGAGGAAACGUAUGCUGCGACCCCUGUUUCGCGAGCUCUAACCAUGCCAGCUACGGCCGACUUGAACAAGCACAUAUUUGACAGCAGUUGGGGCUGCAUUGGCAAGAUGCCGGCUUACCUCGCUGAGCUCGGUUACAAGAACCCUGACCAGCCGGACAACACCCUCUCACAUUAUGCGACGGGGACCGAUUUCUUUGCGUAUCUACGCAAUGAUACUGCCCGCCUUGCUCGUUUCAACUCUGCUAUGAAAGGUGCCGCAACAUUGCUGGCGAGCCCCAUCCCAGAUUCCCUGCUCGAGUCUGUAGCAGAUGGAAAUGGUGUGGCAAUGGUCGAUGUCGGUGGAGGACAUGGCCAAGUUACGCAGAAGGUCAUGGAAGAGCAUCCGCAUAUCAAAGCCCGCUUCGUUGUGCAGGAUCUCGGCGCUAUCAUCGAGGAGGCACGUGCCAGAAAUCCUAAAUACGAGGUCAUGGAGUAUGACUUUUUCACUCCACAACCUAUUCGCGGAGCACGCAUCUACUUCAUGCGCCGUGUCCUGCACGACUUUCCGGACUCCAAGUGCCGCGAGAUCCUGAGAAACCAGAUUCACGGCAUGGUCAAGGGUCAGUCCAAAUUGCUUGUCUGCGAGACCGUCCUGCCCGCUGUGGGAUGCAGCGGCUUCGAAUCGCUCGCGGACAUUAGCCGCACCACCUUCAGCUCGAUGCAGCGCAGUGAGAAGCAGUGGACCACGCUUCUGGCGAGCGUAGGCUUGAGAGUUGUCAAAAUCUGGCCUGCUAAGCAAAAGGGACCAUUUGCUGUUAUUGAGUCAGAGCUUGAAUGA